CAUCAGGUUUCUAGCUGAUAAGGAGCGUUGCAAUAAAGUCCGCUCCCUGGCCCUGGGGUCCAUAAACAGACCCCACUGGAACGGCCACCUCCAUCAUAAAAUACAUUCUUUCUUGUUUGUAUGAGUGCAAGACUUGUGGGGCCCACCAAAACAGCCCAAAAGCGGCGUUGCAUUCUCAUCACAUUCUUCGCCAUAUGUUUGGACAGUUGGUCCAGGAGGAGCGCAGCUGUGACCCGCUCUAGCUUCUAACAUCAAACACACAACGAAUAGCAACAGACCGCCACUCGGUUGUGUUCGAACGUCUGAGCUAUGGGGAACAUCUGCGGAGGCGCGUCAAGCGGCGGGGUGGACGCCCCAGCGGGCGGCGUGGGCGCCGGCAAGUACAGCCAUGGGCCGCUGCUCGCAGCCCGGGCAAAAGCUGCCAAGGACUUGGAUAGCUGCAAGAAGGAUGAGUUUGCCAAGAAGUACGACAUGAAGAAGCUGCUGGGGAGAGGGGAAUACUCCAAGGUCGUGGAGUGCAUCAACAUGGUGGACCACAAACGCUAUGCGGUCAAGAUACUGGAGAAGGCCAACACGGAGCGGGAAGCCGUGGUUCAUGAGGUGGCGGUGACGCGCAUGCUGGCGGGCUUCAGCCACACGGUGCGUGUGCACGAGGUGCUUGAGGACAAGCACUGCUACUACCUGGUGCUCGAGCUGUGCAAGGGCGGGGAGCUGUUCGACCACAUUCUUGCCAAGGGCCAUUACUCGGAGGCUGAGGCGGCGGCUGUGAUGCGCGUGCUACUGGACUUCACGGAGCACGCGCACCGCGAAGGCAUCAUCCACCGCGACCUCAAGCCCCACAACAUCCUGCUGCUCAACGAGGUGACUGAUGAGCACGUGCUCGACUCGCCCAUCCGCAUCAUCGACUUCGGCACCAGUGACUACUGCGCGGACGGCGAGCGGCUCACACACCGCGUGGGCACGCCCCACUACAUCGCGCCCGAGGUUCUGAAGGAGGACUACGACAAGACCGCUGACAUCUGGUCCCUGGGGGUCAUCCUCUACAUUCUGUUGUCGGGCUCCAUGCCCUUCGGCGGCCCCAACCCGGAGACCAUCACCAAGAUGGUGGCGGCGGGCAAAUACUCAAUGGAGUCGGAGGUGUGGAAGGGCGUGAGCGGCGAGGCCAAGGACUUUCUGGCGGCUAUGCUGCAGAUGGACCCGGCCAAGCGCGCAACCUUGCAGCAGCUCAAGAACCACCCUUGGUUCGCGGUGGCGGAGGCGGGGGCGGCAGCAGCAGCGGGAGGCGGUGGUGCGGGCGCGGGCGGCGGCGCGGCCAACGGCAAGGCGGGCAAGGCGCUGGCGCCGCCGCGGGACAAUGGCGACAGCGCCUUGGAUGGCAGCGUGACGCAGAGCGACUCCAGCGAGCAGGAGGAGGCGGCGCGUGGCGCACAGGUGCCUGCGGCGGCGGCGGCGGCGGCGGCGGGUGUGGGUGCGGCGGCAGAGCCGGAGGCCAGCGGGAGCCACCCGAAGGCGGAGGGGGUUCUGGAGCCACAGGCGGUACAGCUGGGCGUGUCGGCCUGAGCUGGGUCUGGCCUUCGAUGCACAGCAGGGCAGCGGCACGGGCCGCGCUGCAUCUCGCAAACUUCACCCGUUGCUACCACAAUGCGUUUACCUCGUCAUGGUUGGGCAUGGAUCAGUGCCGAACGCACUACAAUGAUGUCAGAGAAUAAUGCAGUUUUGCAAACGAUGUUAGCAAGAGCGGAACUGGCUUAAUGAGAACUGGUAGUACAUAGGCAGCGGCUUCUGCUGAUGUGCCUGCAACUGAAGUGAACAGUGGCCGGGGCUGUGUGAUGGCUUGGGCGGUUCGCAAGAAGGGGCAUGACAAGCGGACCUGACCGGACGCGUCGGGAUGUUUGUUGUUGUGAUGUGGUUUUGCUGACGCCGAGGCCGCAGUUGGAUGUGGCCUUGCCUGCUGCCGGUGCGCGGCGGUUGGUGCGGGCGUUGAGGGCUGUGCAAUUUCGAGUAGGGACGCCAUCGCGCGAAUGCAUUGUUGCGUUGCUGCGGUGCAGACUGCAGACGUCAGGCAGCAAUCGAAGCCCGGCGGUCGCAUUUUGCCGCGGGUUUAGCAGCGACAGGCCGACAGCACUUUCCAGGCGGCGUUGGGCGGAGGGGGUGCGCCUCCUGCCCUCCUCCGUUCAGGUCACAGCGGCGCAGUGCUGUGAUGUUGUCAGUGGCGGUUGUGCUGGCACUGUGAGCCUGUGAGCUUUUGGGAUUGUCGAAGCAGUGGUGUUGAAUGUGUACGCGUGUGUGGCAGCAGUGAAUGACGUGGCAGUGGUGCAGACGAAUUGGGCUGGGCCGGCCUGCGCUGUGUUAUGACGGCUAGGCUGGGCUGGGCUGAGCUGGGCUGGGCUGGGCUGGGCUGGGCUGGGCUGGGCUGGGCUGGGCUGGGCUGGGCUGGGCUGCUAUUGGUGUGCCAGGUGUUUUGUAGCAAGGAAUUGUGACAUGCGGACUGUGAUUUUGGUUUGCAGAUUGGGCGCGAAACAAGAUGGAGAAAUGCGUGUUAUGCGGGUUAUGGGUGCCUGCGGCUCGGUGGCGGUACUGGUGGUGGCUGACGCGAGGGGCGGUUUGGGGGUCUGGAGCUGGUGGUUUCGGCCCUGGCCCGACGAUCCUGGUAUCAUGAUCUUGGUAACUUGGAUGUCACCUUCGCGUGGCGGUCUAGUAGCAUGUGUGGCCUCCAGGUGCAAGCGUCUAGGCUGUCUGUGUGAGAUGGCACGAUACUGGGUGCCGAUGGUGAUGCAACUACCAAGGCGUGCCGGUACAUGCCUGACGGCACGUUAUCAUAAACGGAUUAUCUCGUAGCUGCCAGCAUCUGUGAGACGGGCAGGUCAUGUGGUGUUCCCUGUCGUCUUAUUGCGGCCCCUGCAGCAUGGGCUGGCGGGGCUUCAUGGCGGGGGCGGGGCUUCAUGGCGGGGGAACUUCAUGCGGAGCACAUGGUGUCACUGUGGCAUACACCGAG